CUUGCCUUCACAAAAGGGGAAGUUGCGGGGUUCCGUCGUUAUGCGAGGUCGAACAAUAACGCGAGUUCUGUUCCUGUUCCUGUGUUACGACCCUCCGCCUCCUUUUCGCCGGCGCUCCAAAGUGACCUGUCAAACGCGGCCGCCCAGCGGGAGCGGAAAUGACGACAGAGCUGAACAUAAGGCAGGAAGUGCGCGCGCCUCCGGCUCAGAGCUUCUUCCUGCAGAGCGGCGACGGCUUCGCGCUUUUCCUCACGAGGCUCGUCUUUUGUUGUCGGACGUAUUUCCAAAUCUCGGCCUUCGAGGAAGUCACCCACACGCCCCCCACCACCGACGCUUACGUUUUCCUUUCAACGACUCAGCAAACGGCAGGCAUGUUUGAGGCUCGUCUGGUCCAGGGAUCCAUCCUGAAGAAGGUUCUGGAGGCCCUGAAGGAUCUGAUCACGGAGGCGUGCUGGGACGUGAGCUCGUCCGGCAUCUCGCUGCAGAGCAUGGACUCCUCUCACGUCUCCCUGGUGCAGCUGACCCUGCGCAGCGACGGCUUCGACUCGUACCGCUGCGACAGAAACCUCGCCAUGGGGGUCAACUUGAGCAGCAUGUCGAAGAUCCUCAAGUGCGCCGGAAACGAAGACAUCAUCACGGUCCGAGCCGACGACAACGCAGACACGCUGACGCUGGUCUUCGAGACAGUCAACCAGGAGAAAGUGUCCGAUUACGAGAUGAAGCUGAUGGACCUCGACGUGGAGCAGCUGGGAAUUCCGGAGCAGGAGUACAGCUGCGUGGUGAAGAUGCCGUCGGGGGAGUUUGCCCGCAUCUGCCGCGACCUCUCGCAAAUCGGCGACGCCGUCAUGAUCUCCUGCGCCAAGGACGGCGUCAAGUUCUCCGCCAACGGGGAGUUGGGAACCGGGAACGUCAAGCUGUCCCAGACCAGCAACGUGGACAAGGAGGACGAGGCGGUGACCAUCGAGAUGAACGAGCCGGUUCAGCUCAUCUUCGCCCUCAACUACUUGAACUUCUUCACCAAGGCCACGCCCCUCUCCAAGACGGUCACCCUCAGCAUGUCGGCCGACAUCCCCCUCGUCGUGGAGUACAAGAUUGCCGACAUGGGCCACGUCAAAUACUACCUGGCGCCCAAGAUCGACGAGGAGACUUCCUAAGCUGCCCGAAAGUCCCCCAGAAGUGAGGACGACGGAGAAGCCGAAGACCGCCGAGGGUCAGGUGGUCUCCUGGUUGACGCGGCGAGAACUUCGGUGUCAACGUUUUGAAAAGAGUGAUGCAAAUUCCGGUUGUGGGGAGAUGUCAGCACGUUUCGGGUCCUGCUGUCAAUUUGCAUCCACACUUGCAGUUUGUUGUUGUAGAUACAUAUUUGUAAAUACUUUGUGGUUUCCACCUGUCACUUACCAAUUGUUUUUUUUUUUUUAACUCUUUGACUCGGCCCCAAAUAAAUGAUCCAUUUUUGACA